AUGGGCCACCACAACAUCCGUUUCAACGGCGAUGCGCAUUCCCUCCACGGCGCCUGGAGCCCGCCCACCAGCAGAGCAAAUUUCUGCGAAGAGGACUAUGCCGUCACGCUGUACGUGGCCGAGCUCGUCAACUCGCUGACCAACCUCGCCUAUGUCCAUCUCGCCCUCCGAUCCAUGUAUGGCCCCGGAAACGGCGGACUGUUCGCGCCCAACGCCGACUUCAUGUCCGUCUCCCUCCUGGGCCUCGGCCUCGGCUCGUUCCUGUUCCACGCCAGUCUCCGCCAGACGCUCGAGUUCGCCGACGAGUUCUCCAUGCUGGGACUGACCUGGGCCAUGCUCCAGGCCACCCUCACGACGCGGCAGUCUCCGACAAGAUCCCACGUCAUCUCGACUGUCCUCGCUGUCUUCUUCACAUCCUUUGCCGUCUUCUACCUGCGCUCGCCGAGCAUCAUCUACCAAGUCAUUGCUUUUGUCGGAUGCUUGUUAUUGGUCAUCGUCGCGAACCAAUACCUCCUCCAUUGGUCGUGGCCUGCGCUGCCCCAGGCGAAGAGACGUGAUUGGAAUAGGAGGACGUGGAGGGCAGUCUUUAUAUCCGCGCUGGGAUACGUGCUCUGGAACAUCGACCUGGAGUACUGCGCCGCCCUCAGGAAUAUCAGGCGGCAGGUCGGGCUCCCCUGGGCCUGGCUGUUUGAGCUCCACGGAUGGUGGCAUGUUUUGACGGCCAUUGGCGCCGCCCAGUUCAUGGACGUGGCGAGAGAAGUACGUCGGGAGACGAAACGUGAGCACAAGAGGGAAUGA